AUGGCUGGUUAUAAGACACAUCUCACGGUACUGCAGAAAACAGCUCAGGCCACUCCAUUGCUCCCGGCCCUUAAAAUACCACAGCUUUCAUCAGACGGUGAGCUCCAAGGAUGGAAGGAUAUCACCUACUCGCAGCUUUUGCAUGACGUUGAGCAAUCUGCCAAGUAUUGGUCCCGUGAGCUUUCAGAAAAGGGAAUUGACACUGGAUCAGUCAUCGGAUUAUGGCUGAGGGGAAUUACUUACCUGGAUCUCCUGCAUAUAUGGGGCAUAUCCAGAGCUGGAUGCGUUCCUCAGCUUAUUUCGGCUCACUUAACAAGCAACACCGUGGUCAGAGAGCUCCUCAGCGAAGCUAAAGCAAAGGGUCUUAUCCAUGAUCCGGCGAUUGCCGUGUCUGGGGGUGAAGAUGUUUCCACAUUUCCUGCUGUUGAUUUCCUCGGUCUGGCUGUCGAGCAGUCCCCGCUGGCUGAAGUCAAGAGCCCCACGUCGGGUGACGAGAUUGUUUUUAUUCUGCACUCUUCUGGAUCUACGUCUGGGAAACCGAAGCUGGUUCCUGCAACGACUAGGUGGCUGGAUUGCAACAUUCGUAAAACCCAGCACUUUACAUUCCGGGGUCCAGGAGCCGAAUACCAGGAGACUAUUGUGGCUAGUGGAAGCUUCUGUCAUGUCGCGAGCACACUCGCAUUCAUUUCAUACGUCAAUAAAGGCUCCUGCAUGGCCCUACCCACGUCACUCCCCUAUUCACUUCCCGAGCUACGGAGAAUUGUUAAGGAGUGUAAAGUGACAGUGUUUAACAUGUUUUCCUCGUUCUUGGCCGGCGUCAUCAAAGAAGCUCGCAAGGACCCCGAGCUUCUGGCCAUACUCCAGAGCUUUGAUGCCUGCACUUGUGGUGGACUUCCACUGGAGGAAACUGAAGCAGCAUGGGCUCGGGAGCAGGGUAUCAACCUAGUCGACCUCUUCGCCAGCACAGAGGUUGGCUGUAUGUUGAUUGGCGUGGGGGGGCGACAGGGGAAUUUAUUGCGGAUGUGGCCUGAAUCAACAUUUGAGAUGCGACCCAUCUCCGUCGCGCCAGAUGACACUGUCGGCGGUGCGCCCAGCAAUGCCGCUAAUGGUGCAUCAAGUGGGAAGCUUGUGGAACUAGUGGUUCCCAAAUAUGCGCCUGAAUGUCCGCACCCUUCGCUCUGUGACCAAAAGACAGGUGACUUCAUUACAGGCGAUGUCUUUCUGCAAGUCGAACCAGACCGCUACAUCUCCAAGGGCCGCAAUGACGAUUGGAUCAAGAUGGAGAUCUCGCUGCGCUGUGAUACGCGAUCCAUUGAGAACAACGCACUUGAGACGUGUGGCAAGGAUCUCAUCAGCGCCGCGGUGGUCGUUGGAGCUGCCAGACCUUCACCAGCGCUUUUUGUCGAGGCCAAACAAAUCGAGGGCCACGAUGAAUUGCAGGCUGAGAUUUUGCGUCGCAUUAGCGCAUUCCAUGAGCGCAGAUAUAAACACGAGCGUAUCCUCGACUCGCGACUUAUUAUCGUCGUGCCUAAUGGUGCACUACCAAGAACUGCAAAGGGUAGUAUACAAAGGAAAGUGGUUGAGAGAGAGUUUAAAGAAGACUUGGACAGAAUUUAUUCGGAGGUGUAUCCUAAGAAGUGA